UGAAAUCAGAGUUAAUGUCCCUGAUUAAAGGCAGCCCCGAAAAAUUUUACAAUAAUUAUGUUCUCUGUUUCUCUCAAUUUUCUUUUUCCAGACGCAAAGAGAAUGUAGACUGCUGCAUUUGAACUGUCGUUCGAAACACAUGGAUGGGUUAACUACAAUCCUUUCCCGUGCCGGGUACUUCUUACCCAGUCUACUAUUUUCUGAAAAAUAAUUUUAAAAAUGACGGAUGUGUCACUUAUCAUGCCUGUACAUAACGGAGGCCAGUGGCUUGAAGAAUGCCUCCUGUCCGUAGUCAGUCAGACCUUUGAGGGCCGUGUUGAAUUGAGUGUGUACAAUGAUGGGAGCAAGGAUGAGACACUAGAUAUUCUCAAGAAGUGGAAAUAUAAACUUGAAGACAGAGGUAUCACUGUGAUAAUCUCUGGCCAUGAAGAUGAGGUUCCACGAGGUGUGGGUUUUGCCAAAAACAGAGCUGUGAACCAGAGCACAGGAAGGUGUCUUUGUUUUCUUGAUGCUGAUGAUGUAAUGCAUCCAAAUCGGAUCAGUAGACAGUACUCUGCUUCAUGUGUUCAUCCUUCUGCUAUUGUAGGAUGCAAGUUUCACAGAGAGCCACCAGAUUCAACCAAGCGAUUCACAGAAUGGGCCAACUCUCUGUCUCCUAUGCAGCUGUAUACACAGGUCUACACUUCUCAUGGCCCAACUGUUAUUAUGCCUACUUGGUGCUGUAUGAGACAGGUGUUUGACAGAGUUGGUGGUUUUGAUGAAGGAGGAAAGGGAGUUCCUGAAGAUCUUAUCUUUUUUUACCAUCAUCUGGAGCUCGGGGGUCAGAUAGUGCGUGUUGACCAAGACCUGCUGAUGUACCGUUACCACCCUCAUGCCACAACUUUCUCUAUUGAGGAAGAUACAAUAUGGGCUGUGCGAGUAGCAUUUAUUCAAAGACAAGUGCUUGAUUCCUCUACUCACUUCAGUAUAUGGAGUGUUGGAAAACAAGGGAAGCGAUUCUUUCGUUCCUUGUCACCUGCUAACCAGGCAAAGGUACAGAUGUUUUGUGAUGUUGAUGAAAAGAAGAUCAAAAAGCAGUUCUACACAUAUGAGAAAUCUAAGCAGAGGCCAAAGCCAAAAAUUCCUAUUGUACAUUUCAGUCAAGUCAAACCACCGGUCAUCAUUUGUGUCAAAAUGAAUCUGACUGGUGGAAGCUUUGAAGAAAAUCUUUCAUCACUAAAUUUGGUGGAGGGAGAAGAUUACUUCCAUUUUAACUAGAUGCUCAUCUUUAUUACUGUUAUUGAAAAUGGAAAGGCUCACCACUCCAUCCUAUCUUGGGCGAUAGUUAGCAAGCCCCACCCAGCACAAGAUGACCAGUCCAGUCUGAUGUUCACAAGCCAGUUCUCCAUCUGACUACUAUGGCACUGACCACCCUCCAAGGUACCAUGAAGGACAGUUUUCAACAAGAUGUCAUGUGAGCAAACCAGACUAGCUUACUUCGCCUGUUGAAGAAGAGGUUCCUGGUGUACAAGUUUGGCAACCAUACCUUGCUUUGGUUUUAUGUUCUCUGUACGAGAUCUGGAAUAGGCUUCUUAUUACUUACCACUUACCUAAAUUACCUUCUCAGUACUGGCAAGCAGAGGCCACAUUUCACGUGUAUACAGAUUGGACUUUGUAGUAAACCUGAUGUUAUACCUGUGCCAGACCAUGUCCAGCCUAGCCAUUGCCACUGCUGUGAUCCUGAUGUAGUUAUCUCAAGGAGCUGCCAUCCUUGGAAAGGGUGGCUCCCAAGCACAUAAAAGUGCUUACCUCUUCGAGCUGUACCCAUUAUACUGAUCUGUUUUGCCAUUGCCAAUGACUUUGCUGUCAUCAGUGCUGGUCUCUAUUUUAUGUGUUAGAACUGUCAGUGAGAUAUUGCAGUUCUUUGUCAGCGCCUGUUAUCAGAUUCAUGUCUGCAAAUCAGCCUUUCACCAUUUGAAAUGGAAGUGUGUGAUAGUUGUGGAAGGUUUCAUACUGUGUUCUCCAAAAUGUUUUAAACGGUCUAAGUAAUGGAGGACCCCUUGGCAUACACUUACACUCAUGUGAAAGUAAGCAUCUAUUUGGUUAUCCAGCAGUUCUGCGCUCCUACUGAUCUUUGAUAACUUAGAUGAAAUAGUUUCGAUGUUGAAUCCUGAUAUUACCAUUUUCCCAGCAUGGCACGAGGCUAUGUGCAGUAAAGAGUUGAUUAUUUGCUUCUCAUGCUUUCUGUAUUUUUGCAGUGUUUUAAAAAACUAAGCCUUUUCAAUUGUUUGUUAAACAAAUGGUGACAAUCAUCAACAGCAGGGAAAAGUUUUAACAAAUGAAUGUUAGCAAGUGAGGAAUGUUUCUUUGUCCUAAGGUGAUUUGUUUUUAAAAAUGGCUACAAUUUUGGAUUUCCGUGCUUGUUUCAUUAUACUGUAUUAACAAACUAGGCAACACCAGUGAUAAUUUUUAAUUGAGUUAUAAUUGAUUUUAUUGUCUUAAACAAGAACACUUUGCAAAGUCUUGCUAUAGCAUUUAUUUUAAAGCCUCCAAAUAUUUUUAUGCUCUGUUUGCACAAUGAUAGUAUACAUUUGAAUAUAUUACACAUUUUACUGUAUACUGUCAAUGCACAGUGAACAACAACAUGCUGUAAGCUUGUAUGUAAAAAAUCAUAAAUAUACAAUCUUUACAAAGAUUAAUUUGAAAAUUAUUUUCUAUAUCAUUAUAAUGACAAUUCUGCCUUCAAAGUGUAGAGACUUGGAAAAGGAUUAUAAAUCUAAUGGAAACUAUGUCCUCACUUUGUAAACUCAGUUAAAUAAAGAGGACCAUAUGUCCCUGGUGAAAGUUAAUUAUUAUGUCCUGAGGACCUUAUUUAAUUAUGCUUUUAUUUGCUACCUGAGUAUGAAGCACUAUCAUGUGCAAAAUCAAAUCCUUUCUGUAGCUGAUUUAUUUGCAGUUUACUAUUGAUGACUGGAUCUACUCAAGUCAUGGUUGUUAAAUAUUUGCAGCAUACUUUUGUCCUUCUGAUGUUGGCAUUCCUAUUUAUCAAAAGAAUAGCAUAUAAAGUGUUCAUGAAAAUGUGCUUUAUGAAGAAGCAAAAUACAGUUCUGCUUCUGAAUACAUUGCUGAGUAGCUUAUAGUAUGUAUGUACUGAACAAAUGAUAUGACAAUAUAAUACUGUGCUUCAUUUUCAGAAAAAAUAGUCAGUGCAGUUUUCACAUUUUUAUUUCCUCUUAAGUUAUGAGAGUAACAUUAGCUGUACAACAGCAAAAUAGCAUUUAUUCAUGACCGAAUAAAUAAAGCCUGGACAAAUGAAUGUUUGCAAGCAAUAAUUCUACGCGAGAAACAAUUCUUAUUUCUCAAAUGAAUAUAUUUUGGAAGUAUAAAACAUUUAGCCCAUUAGAUUAAUUAAUCAACAGGCUGAGUUGGUACCCAGUAGCAGAAGAAGAGGGGAACAUCUGAGCCCCAUGUCAUGAUAAUCUGGGGUGGGAGGGGGGGUGGGGGGGCGAGCAUAUCAGCCUCAGGCCCCAUAGUGAAAAUGUAAAUUGCUUUUUGCUGGGACCCAUGUCUGAAUGUAGCUUACGUUCUCACACAUGCAUCCCUGAAAUACCAGAUAGUUCUUGGUUUCCCAGCUGUCUUAAAGAAAGAUCCCACAUGGCUUAUAGAUGUACUUCAUAAGUAUCCUGAUUUAUAAUGUUUUAAAACAUAAUAAUCAAAACAGCCGUAAAAAUACCAAUAUAUCCAAGAAUCAUAUCAAAUAAAUGUAUUAAUAUGACAAACAUAAAUGCUUCACAAUGAUUAUAUAGCAAGGCCAUACCAAGCAGCAAAAAAGUUAAUGUUACAGAAACCAGACACAAUUUGUCGUUCACUGAAGUUCAUUGAAUUAAAAAUAUUUUAUCAUCAAAAUGUCAGCACAAAUAAGGAUGAAAAACAAGAUAAUUAAAAAUAUACAAAUAAAUUUGAUACCAAUAGCAAAGCAACUCUUCUCAUUACACUCAUUUUUAUACAGAAAAAUGUCGCCUUAUGACAUGCUAGUUUUCUAUAAGACUAUUAUUUUUCUAAAAAAAAGUUUAAAGAUCUAUUACAAUAUAUCAAAUGAUGAGGAUGAA